AUGCCAACACUAGAAGAAAUUGAGGACUAUGAAGACAUUGAUAAUUUGGAGAUGGAUAUUGCGGAGUUUGAUUCCUCUUUGAAGACGCCAAUUGCGCCAAAGAUAACACCAACAGUGGUUAGAAGUCAAGAUAUAGAGGAAGCAGAAUUGAAAAGAAGAGAAGAAGCAAUAAGAAACAGGGACAAAGAACAGGUUACAUUUAUUAAUCCUGUGACGGGAAAAAUUGAGGAAUCUGCACCUAUAUCAAAGGAAGAUUUAAGACAAGUUAAGAGAUUUCAACUAAUUUAUCCAUGUUAUUUUGAUAAGAAUAGAUCACAUAAAGAAGGUAGAAGAGUUCCAUUAGACUUAGCUGUAGAGAAUCCAUUGGCUAAAACCAUAUCUGAUGCAGUUCGUAGUUUGGGUUUAGUGUCCAUCUUUGAAAGUGAUAAAACACAUCCGCAAGACUUCGGUAACCCAGGUAGGGUGCGUGUAUUUCUGAAAGAAAACGGUAAAGUUCUACCGAAUUCGCUUGGGGGUGGGGAAUCACGUUAUGAGAAAGGUGGUAAAAGGCUAUUAUUCAAAGAUAUUGCUAAUUACUUACAAGAAAAUCCAACCACACUUGCAUCAUUAAGGGAGAUUCCAUAUGGACCAGAUUAUGAUAAUAUUAAGAUUCAAAAGAUUCCAAAAGUGAGGGGUUUUAAGAUGAACGACAUUGUUCCUUUGCAUAGUCCAUUGUUAAUGGGACACCCUGCUACAAAGACAUUAUAUGAGAUGCCACCUCCAUUACAAGUUACCUCAUCUAAUCCAGAAAAGGUUAUGAAGAUGCCAAAGAAUAGAUAUAAAGUUAUUAGAAGGUAG